UUUAAUUCAGUAUAAAUCUUUACGAACGUAUAAACUUGAAAAGUUAUUUUAAUGAAAGCGAUAUUCAAAUGUCUUAUAAAGUUUCAUCUCAAAAUUUAUUAGCGCCAAUUAGGGUUGAAAAAGAACAUACGUAUAGCAAAGAUCAAUCUGCUCAAAGUUCAAACAAUGCAGACCCUCUUUAUUUUGGUGGAUAUGACGAAUUUUUUGUUGAUACUCUUCCAAAUGAUCUUAAAUGUCCAGUUUGCUUUUUGGUUUUGCGUCAUCCUAUCCAAAUUGAGGAAUGUGGACACAGGUUUUGCGAAUCGUGCUUUAAUCGACUAGAAAGACAACAAGGAAUCUUGUUUUGUCCUCUUGAUAGAAAAGUAAUCGAUUUAGAUAAAAUCUUUCUAGAUAAAGCAGCAAACAGAGCAAUAUUAUCAUCUCCUGUUAAAUGUCGUUAUUUUGAACGUGAGUGCGAUUGGGUUGGAGACUUAAGGUCUAUUGAUAAUCAUAUUACAAGCUGUGCUUAUGUGGAGGUAGCAUGUCCAAAUGAAUGUAAAAGUUUUAUUUUGCGUAAAGAUUUAUCAUGUCAUCUACAGUUAGAUUGUGAGUACCGAAUUGUUGAGUGUCAAUAUUGUUGGAAAAAAUGCUUUUUUAAUAGUUUUCAGAACCACUUAAACAAGUGCCCAGAGCAACCAAUAGAGUGUGUGAACAAAUGUGGAAAAAAAGAUAUAUUACGUGUUAUGAUGAAUAAUCAUGUUGAAAAUGAUUGUCCAUUAAGUCUUCAACCUUGCCAAUUCUUAAAAGUUGGGUGUGUUUUCAAGGGUACAAAAGAUGAACAAAAAAAUCAUGCAAUUUCUUCCACAGAGCUUCAUCUUUCAUUAGCAGUUGACAAAGUCAACUUACUUGAAAUAACUGUUAGUCAACAUGAAGAAAAAAUCAAUAAUUUAAAAAAUUUGUUUGAUUCCAUCAUAAGUAGUGGAGAGUUUGUUGAAAGAUCAGUUAAAUCUACGGAGAAACGUGUUAGUGAGUUAGAAAAAGACAUUUUUAACAUUGAAAAUAAAUGUCUUUCAACAUUAGUACCUUCGAAUAACGCCUUUAUAUGGUCCAUAGAUAACAUAGCUAGCAGAAUAUCUAAAGACCACAAGUCAUCAAAAGAACAAGACAUAUGUAGCAGUCCGUUUUAUUCAGCUCCAUUUGGUUACAAACUCUUUUUGCAAAUUUAUUUGAAUGGAUAUGGUGAGUACAGAGGAAAAAGUAUCUCUUUAUUUCUUCAUAUAAUGAAGGGAGAAUACGAUAAUUUACUAGAUUGGCCGUUCACAAAGACAAUCAAAAUGUCUCUGCUAGAUCAAAGCGAAAGUAGAGAACAUAAAACUUUUAUUAUUGAUCCUCAUUCAAACAAUCCUGAAUAUUUUACAAAACCAGUGUCACAAUCUAAAAGAGUAGGAUGUAUAAUACCCCAUAGAAUAUUGAGCAACCAUGGGUUAACUAUGGAUAAUACAAUAAUGAUCAAGUGUGAAAUUCAACCUUAAGUUAGAAAAGUAAACGUUAAAAUAGCAUAACAAAAAAUAAAAAAAAUAACUUAUUUAAUGUUUAUUAUGAACAUAUUUGACAAUAACAAAAACUUAUAAUUCCAUGAAUUAGUUUAAACAGCAUGUAAGCACAAUUAUUAAACCAAAGUUUGCUGCGAGCAGUAAACAGAUAACAAAUGAUGUAAAUAUUUCAAAUUAAACCUUUUUACAAACAUUUUUAUUUUCAAAAAUUUUUAAUAAACAAAAAAACUUAAUUUUUUUUAUUUUAUAUUGUUCAUAAAAAUUUUAAAACUUGUUUUAAGUUUGAAAAAGUAAUUUUUGCCUAAUGGUUUUUUCUUAGCAAACCUUUGUUUAUUUAUAAUCAGUUUUUCAAAAUGUUUUAAUACGAAUUUAUUCAAAAA